AUGCCCGGCGCAGUCAGAGGCCCGCGGACCCUGUACGACAAGGUCUUUGAGGAUCACAUCGUCGAGGAGAAGGAAGAUGGCACCUGUCUCCUGUACAUUGACAGACAUUUGGUGCACGAGGUCACUUCACCGCAAGCUUUCGAGGGGCUCCGCAACGCCAGCAGGAAGGUCCGGAGACCGGACUGCACCCUCGUCACCACCGACCACAACAUCCCUACGUCGUCGAGGAAAAACUUCAAGGAUGUGAACACCUUCAUCGAGGAGGAUGACUCGAGAACGCAAUGCGCUACUCUCGAGGAGAACGUCAAGGCCUUCGACCUCACCUACUUCGGUAUGGGCGACAAGAGGCAGGGCAUCGUCCACAUUAUCGGCCCUGAGCAGGGCUUUACCCUUCCCGCCACCACCGUCGUGUGCGGUGACUCGCACACCUCCACCCACGGCGCUUUCGGUGCCCUGGCCUUCGGUAUCGGCACCUCCGAGGUCGAGCACGUCCUCGCUACCCAGACCCUGAUCUCGAAGAGGAGCAAGAACAUGAAGGUCCAGGUUGACGGCGAGCUGGCCCCCGGUGUCAGCAGCAAGGACAUUGUUCUCCACGUUAUUGGCAUCAUCGGCACUGCUGGCGGCACUGGAUCCGUCAUCGAGUUUUGCGGUUCCGCAAUCAGGAAGCUGAGCAUGGAAGCUCGCAUGUCCAUUUGCAACAUGUCCAUUGAGGGUGGUGCACGUGCGGGCAUGAUCGCCCCUGACCAGAUUACCUUUGAGUACCUCAAGGGCAGGCCUCUCGCCCCGAAGGUCGACAGCACUGAGUGGAAGAGGGCCAUCGCCUAUUGGUCUACCCUCAAGACCGAUGACGGUGCCAAGUUCGACGAGGAGAUCUACAUCGAUGCCAAGGAUAUCGCCCCCACCGUCUCUUGGGGCACCUCGCCUCAGGAUGUGGUCCCCAUCACCGGCAAUGUUCCCAGCCCCGAUGACUUCCAGGACGAGAUCAAGAAGAAGGCCUGCGUCCGCGCUCUUCAGUACAUGGGCCUCACUGCCGGCACCCCGAUGCAGGAGAUUCCUGUCGACAAGGUUUUCAUCGGCUCUUGCACCAAUGCGCGUAUCGAGGAUUUGCGCGAGGCGGCCAAGAUUGUGAAGGGCAACAAGAUCGCUUCUAACAUCAAGCGUGCCAUGAUUGUGCCUGGCUCUGGUCUCGUGAAGAAGCAGGCCGAGGCCGAGGGUCUCGAUAAGAUCUUUUUGGACGCCGGUUUCGAGUUCAGGGAAGCCGGCUGCUCUAUGUGCCUUGGCAUGAACCCUGAUAUCCUUUCUCCUGGCGAGCGCUGCGCCAGUACUUCGAACCGCAACUUCGAAGGCCGUCAAGGUGCUGGUGGCCGGACACACCUGAUGUCCCCGGCCAUGGCUGCUGCUGCUGCCGUCACUGGUAGACUCUCCGAUGUCAGGAAGGUCGCCCCUCCCUCUGCAUCCGUCGACAAGGGUUCGCCGAAGCUCGAGCUCGAGGCAAACGUUAGCGACAUUGAGAGCGAUGCGGAUCUCGACAAGAUUCUUGACGACCCGGUGGAUUCUCAGGGUAACACUGUCGAGACAGGUGCUCCUUCCAGCGCUGGUGGCAUGGCCAAGUUCACUCAGCUCAAGGGCUACGCUGCACCAAUGGACGUUGCAAACAUCGAUACCGACGCGAUUAUUCCCAAGCAAUUCCUCAAGACCAUCAAGCGUUCCGGUCUGGGUUCUGCCCUCUUCAACGCCUGGAGAUACGACCCCGCUACCGGCGCUGAGAACCCCGACUUCAUCCUGAACAAAGAGCCCUACAGGAAGUCCAAGAUUCUCGUCUGCACCGGCCCCAACUUUGGCUGCGGUUCCUCACGUGAGCACGCCCCCUGGUCUCUUCUCGACUUCGGCAUUCUCUCCAUCAUUGCCCCUAGCUUUGGUGACAUUUUCUUCAACAACUCCUUCAAGAACGGCAUGCUCCCCAUCCGCAUUACCGACCAGGCUACCCUUGAGAAGAUUGCGGCCGAAGCCGAGGCUGGCAAGGAGAUCGAGGUUGAUCUCCCCGCCCAGGUCAUCAAGGAUGCUGAUGGCAACGUGCUCGCAGAGUUUGAGGUCGAGGAGUUCAGGAAACACUGCCUUGUCAACGGUCUCGACGACAUUGGUCUCACGAUGCAGAAGCAGGAUAAGAUCAACAAGUUCGAGGAGAAGAGGACGCGCGAGUGGCCUUGGUUGGACGGCCAGGGCUACCUUUCGAGGCACCGCACCGGCCCUGUAAAGGUCGAGGCAGCGCCUGUCCCCAAGACGAACAGGGGCGAGGUUCUCAAGGAGCCUUUGGAGUGGUAA